AUGCUUCCUCGAGAAUCCUCACAGCAGCAAAAGUCAUCGCCAAAAUAAUAGGAGUUUAAAAAAUAGAAAAGCUAUCGAUUCACAAUCUCGAAUCAAAUGAUGAAGAGAAGCCCAACAAGGUAUUUGAAGGAGAUGAAGAGUCUCAAGCAUUUGCUAUAAUAAAGUACUUUGAAGAGUUUAAAAAAUUUUCAACCUUACGAAAACUAAGAUGAGAAUUCCUCAGAUUCUAGUGAGUAUAAUAAUGUUGACGAAAAGCCUGAUCCUUAGGAAGACAAAAUUGCAGUACCUAAUUUGAGUUUUAAAGAAGGCUUUUUGUUAACACUCGAAUAACAAGAACAAUAGACGCAUAAUUCUUCUGAUUAAAAUAGCUCGAAAGGUCCUAAGAAGCAAGUUUUAAGGACUCUAAAAAAAUGCUUUGGUGAUUCAAGCUCCAUGAGCGAAGUCAAUUCUCAAGAUCAAUUGCUAGAUAGAGGACACGACAAUUUCCCUAUUCAAGAUCAAAUAGAAGAAUUGGAAGCUCAGCAUAAUGAAGACGUGGAAUAUUUUUGUGAAGACCUUGAUCCCCGGAUAUUGAAGAAGUAUUAAAAGCACAAGGAACGCAAUCCAUUUGAAGACCCUUAUUAUGUUGUAUUGACUCCUCUCCAUGGUUUGGAAAGGUUGAAGCACGAAUUAAAAAAUUACAAUGAUCAUCUCAAUUUCCUGAAAUUAAGAAAAUUCAUUGUUUAUUCUUGUUUGUGUAUACCGAUGCACUUCUAGAAACUCGUAGACAGUUACCAAUUUAAAAUUAUCAAUGGUAUUUUCAUUAUUUGCAAUCUGACUCUAUUCACACUAAGUAACUCAAAUCCCCCAAUCACAAAUGAGAAGUACAAGCAAUUUAUAUUUUAUUGUUUUGCAUUUGAAAUAUGCAUCAGAAUUCUAGCUGCAGGAGGGAUCUACCCUACAGUACAUUUUUUGUACAGUAAGGAAGAUAUAUUUAAUUUGUUAUGUACAUUAAUCAGCUUUUUGCACUACUUUUACCCCACUUCAAUUCCAUUCGACCCAACUCCACUCAGAAUAAUCACUAUCUUCAUAUAUUUGGGAGAUGUUUUAUUGAGAUUGAAAUACAUGUUGAUAGCUCUAAAAAAGUCAUUGGUAUUUUUAGCUGAAGCACUCUUCAUCCUCUUACUAUCCGCCUUAUUCUUUUCCAUAAUUGGAGUAUCCUUAUUCCAGGGCCUAUUUAAUUAUAGAUGUUAACCAAUAGAGGGAGACCCAGUCGAUGAUUGGAUCCAGUGCUAUUAAAACAUUUGUCCUGAAGGAAUGCAUUGCAUGUUAUCAGCUGAAACCCCUAAAUUGCCAACAUCCUUCAAUAAUAUAUUCUUUUCCUUUGGGUAGAUUUUAAGGACAAUAACAAUGGACGAUUGGAGUUGGGUGAUGUUUUUUACAAUGAGGAUCUACCAUCCAUAGAUAUGGAUCUAUUAUUUGUUGAUCAUAUUUGUUUGUGGCUUCUUUUCGAUCAAUAUGAUGAUUGCUGUAUUGAAAAUUCACUAUUCAGAAGCGACAUAAGAAUGCGAAGAAUUUGAGAAGUUAUCUAAAUAGAAAAACGAUCAUAGUUUAUAAAGAUAGGAGAUGUUCUUAAGUAAGGAUGUGAUCUCCUAUUUUGAUUUAUCCUUUUUGCGUUACAUUGGUUUCUAUUCUGUGUUAAAGAAGCACAGACAUUUGAUUAGGACAAUGAAGCCUUUGAAUGAACUAAUUGAGGACAAUUUUAGGCCUGAGAAGCCGAAUCAACAGUUGAGGUUGUUGUCCUCUAAACAAAAAAAGAUUUUAGAUGAAGCAUAAACGAAACUUAAUUAAAGUUCUAUUUGGAAUAAGUUUAAGUAUUUCUCACUCAAAAACUAACUAUUGCCUAAGUUCAAGGAACUCAAAAAAGAACAGAGUUAAGUAAAUAUUAAUUUAUAUUCUGAUGAUCCUAUUGAGAUUUCAAUUUUAUUGAAAUUAAUAGAGUACAAUUUUACCUAAUUGAACAAUUCUGUAAAUUAUCAUGUGGAAUAGAAAUUUAAUAGUUUGAAAGAUGUCUUUGUUUAGAAGAAAAGAAUUGGACAUAAGGAAAAAAUAAAAAUGUAUUAUCAACAUCUGCUAUCAAAGAAGAACUUAAAAUAAACAACGAGAUAACAAUCUGAUUAUUCAAUGUCUAGAUACCCAAUCCAUAAGAGUACUAGGAGAAUCACUAUUUAAAAGAGUCUAAGUAAGAAGGACGAGAGUCUCGAUGUCCCCUCUCUCUAAAUGAAGCGAAAAAACAAUGAUUUAAAAUCUAUAAUUAAUUUGAGACCUAGAGUAGAACAAAAACUACCCUUUGAACACAUUAGCAAGGGCAGAAGAUACGUCUAUAUUUAAGGAUACUACAUCAAUUAUGAAUAGAUUCAAGAGAAAAUCAACACGAAGAUACCCAAAUCAAAAUUACAAUUGGAUUCUAAUGAGGAACUGUAUUAAUUAAUUUUCUAGAAAGAGAGAGAGCAGAAGAUAAUCAAAACAAAGAAUUGGUCAGGAAACAACGUAUUACUAAUGAAUCCAGAUCGAUUUUAGAUGUUCGAAGACAUCUUUAAUAGUUUAAAUAAUUUCAAUCGAUUAAUAUGGAUGCCGACAAUAGGUGGGAAACUAUUGAUUAUGAGGAGAUACACCUUAAUAAUAAUAGACAAUUAGGUCACUUAAUUAUUUUUUGAUUUGAUAAUCUUGAUCAAUUUCAUAUUCUUAUCAUUGUAUGGAAUAGCAGAUCCGAUUAUCAUAUCGAAAUGCGAAGAUAUUUCAACUGUUUUUUUGUUGGUCGAAAUCAGUUUGUAAAUGUUCACAUAUCCAUUGCAACGUUUCUUUUCAAGUAAGGAAAAUGUGUUAUAGGCGAUAAUAAUGAUUGCAAGUUUUAUAGAAUUUAGUUUCAGUGAUUAUUUGAAUUUAACUGAGUAAUAUUUGAGAUUGAUAAGAGGAACAAAAUGUAUACUAUUUUACAGAUGCUUAAAAUACAAUUAGAUGGCUGUAUUGAUAGGUAAGAUUGCAUCAAUAACAUUUAAGCAAUACAUAUAUCUAACUAUAUUUAUGUUCAUCAUUAUCACAAUAUACGCAAUGAUUGGGAUGGAUCUUUAUGCAAGUAAGUUUGAUUAGGAUGAUUUUUUGGGUUAAUUACAUUCCUUCGAUAAUUUGAUGAAAGCAAUUAUGACUAUAUUCAAUAUUAUGACGAAUGAUGAUUGGUAUGGAGUGUAUGUUUUAGGGACAGGCAUAAGUACUGUUGCUGCUAUCACUUAUUCGUUUUCGAUGGUUAUAAUUUUGAAUUAUUUGACUUAUGGAUUGGUUUUAGCUAUUUUGCUUGAUGGAUUUGGCAGAUAUCUAGAUGAAAAGGAAGAAGUAGAUUAAGGUGAUAAGCAACUGCUAGAGAAUCAAAUGACUUCUGCAAGAGAUGAGGAACAAUUAAAUACAGAUCUGGAUUCUACGAGAAAUUUGAGAAUUAAAUCACAAUAUUUCUCAUAAGUUCAAAUCUGUGAGUUGGAAGAGAAGGAAUAACCAAAAGUAAAACUUGAUUUGAUGGAAAGUCUAUUGCGAUCUUUAAAGUAAUUAAAUAAGUAAGUAAUGAAGUCGAAUCCUAAGUUGUUCCAAGAUAUUCAAUGUGAAACAUCACUCUACUUAUUUGAAAAAACCAGCAAAAUUAGAAUUAUUUGUUGCAAUUUCUGUUCAUCCUAAGCUUUUUAUUGGUUUACUAAUUUGGUCUUGAUUUCAUCAAUUAUUGUAAUGAUUAUUCGAACAUACCAUGAUUAUGAAUAAGAGAAGAGUUAAUACCCAUAUAUUUUGUUGAUGAUUUUAAAUGUGUUUAUGUUCCUAGAAGAUAUAAUUUGUAUAAUAGCAAAAGGGUUAUGUAUGGACAAGGGAUCACAUAUCAACUAUUCAUGGUAAUUGAUCGACCUAAUUUAUUUGCUUGGGUUCUUUAUCGAUAGUUAUAAACAAAACCCAAUUGUAAAUAUUUGUUUGUUUCUCGGCCAUUUUAGACCAAUGAAGUUGAUGUACCGAAUUAAAUGGUUAGACAAGAUAAGAGCUGCUUUGGCUUAAUCAUUAUUAGACAUGUUAAAGAUAUUAUUGACUUUGAUUUCAGUGUGGAUAAUGUUCGGAGUGUUUGGCAUCAUAUUGUAUGAAAGUCAGUUUGGAUUUUGUGAUGAUAAAAUGCAAUUCUAUGUAAAUGAAAGAGAAUGCAAGGAAUCUCAAAGAGAGUGGAUUAAUUUUAAACAUAACUUUGACAAUAUCACUAUAGCAUUGCCCACAUUGUUUGUAGUAUCCACCUUUGAUGGUUGGGGUGAAAUCAUGUAAGUUGCUGAAAACAGCAGACAAAGCAGAUACGGACCAUCUCCUUUUGCUACUUAUAUAUCAACAUAUGCUUACUUCAUUUCAUUUUGCUUUGUAGGGUCUAUGUUCUUUUUGAGUUUCUUUACGGGAACACUCUUUUCGAAAUUGAGAUUCAAUCAACAAAAGAUUGAAAUGUAAGAUGCCACCAAAUUCUAGAGAGAGUUUACAGAGAUUGCUCCAAUUAUCCUUAAGGAUACUCCUGUUUUUUCAACUCCCCCCACCAAGAUAGUAAGAAGAUUUGCCUCUUUUAUCGUCAAUAAUUCCAUAUUUUAGAAGUUUAUGUUUCUGAUGUUGUUAAUAGAUUUGAUCUGUUAAUUACAAUAUUAAUAUGACAUGGAGGUGGAGUAUAUCAGAUAAAUAAAUAUCAUUUAGAGAUUCAUCAUAUUGUUUUAUGCUUUAUGGAUUGCCCUGUUGUUUAUGUCAUUGGGUAUAAAUAGAUACUUUGACAAUAAUUGGAGGAGGUAUUAUACAUUCUUGAUUCUGAUAUCCCUUUGUGACUUAAUAGCAGAUUUAGAGAAUGACUGGGUUAUCUAUUAUUUUCAAUCGAAUGUGUUCACUCCACAUUAUUAAAUGAUAAGGUUAGCCUUUAUGACAAGACAAUUGCGUCUGCUUGUCAUAUUUCAAGGAUUAACAAACUUAUCAAGAUUGAUAAGAGUGAUGGGUUUUGCUCUUCCAUUUUUGGCCAAACUCAUAUCCAUUCUAAUCAUCACUAUGAUAAUUUAUGCAUUGAUUGGAUGUCAAUUAUUCGGUAAGAUAAUUGAAGGUGCAGUGAUUGAUGAUUACAUUAAUUUUACUAAUUUUGAAUAUGCCUUGUUGGCACUGUUUAAAUGUGCAUCAGGUGAUGAUUUUAGGACUAUUAUGACAGAUACGAUGCAUCAUAAUCCAUCAUGUCCAGAGAACCCUGAUUGUUGUGGUUCAGACUUCAAUUAAUUAUAUUUCAUAACAUUUAUGCUAUUUUCAAAUUAUGUUCUUUUGAAUUUGUUUAUUUUAGGUUUGAUUGAACAAUUUGAAGAGUUUUUCUAAGUCCAGAAUUCAAUGAUUCAAACAUAUGUCGAGGAAAUCGAUAAGAUCAAAACUGCUUGGUGUAAGUAUUCAGCUGAGACCAAUGGUCAAAGUAUGCAUUACAAGUUUCUUUGUCGCUUUUUGCUUGACAUCGGAUAACCAUUGGGAGGAGGCAAAGAUGACAAUUUAUGGGACGCAGCCAAAUUAGCAUCGAAGUUGAAUUUGAGAUGUGAUGCUUGUGGAUAUAUUCAAUAUAAUCAGUUACUGUAUCAACUGUUCAGGUGUUGUUAUCAUGAUGAAGUGUUCAAAGAUGGGUCCUAGGAGUCCAUUCAAAACAUGAAAUAGUUCAAUAAAGAGAUGCAAAUUCGAUUACUGUAUUAUAGGAGAAACAAAACCCAACAGAGAAGCAAUAUCAGUCAGCAUACUUUAUAGUUCAAAUCUAAUUUCAACAUUCUUCAUGAUUAUUUGAAUGUUUUAAUCUUAUUUAAAACUUGGUAAUCAUACUCCAACUUACUGAUUAAAAAGAUAAUAAGGAGACAAGAUGAUUAUACAGAGAGUGACGAAAUAACAUUAGAUGGCAAUCUUUAGAACAAUCCUCAAUAUUGGUAACAAGUGCAGAGUGAUUUUAUAAAUGAUGGUUUCAGUUCCAAACGAAGAACUACAGACAUUAAAUUAUAUGAAGAUCAAUUUUCUGGUCAUUAUGUCACACCAUAAAGUGCUGGGUCUUAGAGAGAACCUCAAUUGCCUGUAUAUUAGACAACCUUACAACAAGAAACAGAUAGAAUAUUCGGAGGUUUUGAUGAAAAUGUUGUUUUAGAUUGCAGAGAAAUCAAAUUUAAAAAUUGA